AUGGCAAGCUCAAUCGCUAGCACCAUGGCACUUUGCAGAGCGCGCAGCGGGCUGCUGCUUCUCGGCAUGGCUCUGCUCCCUCUGGGCAUGGCCAUGGACGCCAUUGGCAGUAACUGCGCCGGGACCAGGUACGCUGGCAGCGGCAAGGCCAACAUCGACUCCGUCCUGGCGGACCUCGUCGCCAAGGGCUCCUCGGGAGGCUUCGCCACGGCCGUUGCCGGCAAGGGUAAUAGCACCGUCGUCUACGGCCUCGCGCAAUGCCGCGGCGACGUCUCCGCCAGCGACUGCUCCUCCUGCCUCGCGGACGCCGCCAAGCAGCUCCCCACUGCCUGCAGCUACCUAUCCGACGCCAGAAUAUGCUUGGCUGGCCUGUACGUACGCGCGUGCAGGUACGACUUCUGCUUCAUGCGGUACGACGACACAGACUUCGCCGGGCAGUCGGACACGGGCGCCGGCGUGAUCUUGGUGAACGUGCAGGCGGCGGACGACCCCAAGCCGUUCAAGAAGGCGGUGGGGAAGGUGAUGAACAAGGCGACGGCGCAGGCGUCGGCGUCGGGCCGCGCGGGGCUCGGCAGGUCCAAGGACCAGUACACGCCGUUCGUCACCAUCUACGGCCUGGCGCAGUGCACGCGGGACCUCGCGCCGCUGGUGUGCGCGCAGUGCGUCUCGGUGGCGCUGUCCAAGUUCGGCGACUACUGCGGCGCGCAGCAGGGCUGCCAGAUCAACUACAGCAGCUGCAGGGUGCGCUACGAGAUCUACCCCUUCUACUUCCCGCUGGACGGCGCCGGCGGCCGCGCCACCACCGAUAUGACGAAAUACACCAAGAUCGUCGUGCACGCUUGA